GCGGCCGCGAUGCUGGCGACUGUCACAACCACAUAAAUCCUCACUCACCACGUCACCACACCGCCCCCAAUGUGAUCUUAACACCCUGCACCGCUGCUUGCGAAAGCACGCGAAGAAUCCUAUAUCAAGAAACGCCCUCUUGCCGCCCACAAUGUGGCUCCUCCGCCUCCUCGAAUACUGCCUCGGCCGCCUCCUCUACCGCCGCCGCGGCUACGACUCCGACCUCUUUUUCAACACCAUACCCUUUGGAAACUUGAAGCCCACUCUCCGACUCGAGUCUCCCGAGUGCGGCCCCGCAGGCGCGCGCCUCACCAACGAUCACUCCGCCUUUGGUGCCGGCCGCAUCCCGCACUUCACAUGGCCUGCCGCGCCCCCGAGCGUGAAGGAAUACUUGUUCCUCGCCGAAGACCCAGACGCCCCGCUCGGCCACGCAAAUGUGCAUGGGAUAUACCUCGGCAUACCACCUACCACCACGUCGCUGGGGCCAGUGGACUUGGAAGUCGUGAGGGUAGAGAACGGUGUGAAGGUGCUCAAGAACGGUUGGACCGUUGGGCAGAACAGGAGGGGCUGGGUGUAUAUCCCUGCACGCCCACCGAGGGGGCAUGGGCCGCAUCGGUAUUUCUUUGUGCUGGUGGGGUUGGGGGAGAAGUUGGAUUUGGGGAGGAUGGACAAAGUGCCGACCAAAGGGGAGGUGGUGAGGGAGAUUGAGGGGAAGGUGGUGGCGUGGGGGGUUUGGGAGGGGACGUAUGAGAGUACAUUUUAA